AAACCAGCCAUAGUUUCACUAUGUAGGUGAUAGAGAAGGUGCGUCUAACUCGUUCUGUGCAACGACAUCUCCGUUAUCGGUCAUUCCUACAUUCAGUGCCCAGAGCUCGUGCACUGAUCGAGAUCCGUCGUCAUGAGAAUCAUUUCUCUAUUCUCAAUUCUGCUAAUAUGUGCGGCCAUGCCUAAACACAAGAAAAAGCCAAAAAAUGGCUGUGAGUCUACGUCAGACUGCCAGGAAAACGAAUGCUGCGUCAUGAUGGGACGGUACCGCUUUCAAUGCAAACGAUCACCGAGUGAAGGCGAGACAUGCAGCCAAGACGAGUGUUCGUGUCCUUCGGGGUUAGAAUGCGGUAUGUACAAGACGAAAGGCAAGAAAGACAAAAAGACGGUGUGCAAAGAGCCUAAUGCAAAUUCAACGAUGACUCCACCGAUACACGGUCCAGUUAAGAAUAUGAAAAAAAAUAGAUGCCAACAAGACUCUGACUGCGAUCCCGAUUAUUGCUGUACGAAAAAGGGUCCUAAGAUACACACGUGCAAUAAAGCACCAGGCGAAAAUGAGAGCUGUCGUGUAGACGAAUGCUCAUGUGCUGAAGGCCUAGAAUGUCAACUGGACCGUAAAGCAGCUAGACAACCGCCUAAACCGAUGAAACCAAAGCCACAACCGCAUAAAUCGAAAAAAGGAAAGCUAACGUCUCCUAAAACACAUACUCAUGGCUACUGUCGACCAACAACUGCUAGAGAUCCGAAUCCUACAUCAGUACCUACAACCGUUUUUCGGACAACUACAGAGACUCAGAGCUCUACCUCAACAUCUACAUCACCUCUGGCAUCUGUAGAGGCUCUGAACCCUACAUCAGCUGUGAAAUCGAUGGAAACACCCGAAGUGGUGACAACGACGCCUUCAACAAUGACAACAAGUUCGAUUCCAACGUCAACGUCGGUAACGUCACCGAUGUCGACUACCGAACAGACACAAAGGCCCAGAGUUAAGUCAACAGACACAACAGAGUGGAAAAGUGAAAGUGGUGAAAUGAUACCAAGUGAAACUACCGAGUCAAUGGUUGUAAUCGAGUGACUGUGGACUUUGCCGCUCAGAUAUUUCCUAGUUGAGCAGACAAAAUAGUAAAACAGUCGAAAUUUUGCUUAUCUAUAUGCCAAAAUAUUACUAACCUGCGUCUGUCAGAAUGAUCAAUCGAAACAAACGU